GCCCACGUUGCGCUGCCAACUUGCCAACUUGCCAACUGGUCAGCCGCUUUCCGCUUUCCCCUUUCCCCUUUCCGCUUUCCCCUUUCCCGUCCGCGAAAACGCCGCGACAGAAGUUGCCAAUUUUGCGAGGCCUAAUCCGCUUUACCACAUACAUGUGACAGCGGGCAGCGGGCAGCGAACGAGAGCGAGCGCUCCCACGGAGGGGACCUCUGCGUGGGUGGCUACAACGGCAAGUUAGUUUUCUCCCCCCCCUCGUGUGUGUUAGCCCCCCCCCAAAAGGAUGGUCCUCCUCGCGGCGCAACUGAACCCCCCACCAUGCCUGAAAGGAAGCAGAGGAGAAAGGGAAGCCCUCCAAAAUUAUGUUAAAACGGUGGAAGAACCAUCCGUAGAGUGCGAAAUAAAUAAAAAGAAAAUAAAAUGGUCCCCGCGGAAGCUCCAGAAGGAAUUCACCACGCAGCGGCAUGACCUCCUGUGUCUGAGUCGUUACCGCUACCACCCCUUUAAGGUCGUCUGUCAGAAUGGCUUUUCCUUUUUGCAGCCCGGGGAGCGUUACUACACCUCCAGUUAUAAGUUACAGAACCGGAACUACAGACUCGUUUUCGAAAACCUGUGCUCGUCCCCCUCGAUCCAAAUUUCCUUCUGCGGAAUCCUCAUGACGGUAGUUGCGGCCCUGGUGGACUUGAAGAACAGACGGUUGUGA